UUUGUUGCAUAUCGGCAGGCGAAAAGCAGAUACCUGCUGCAGAGAGGAAAAUUCUUCGCCACUCGUCGGAGGCUUUUUUUCCGCGGAAACAAUAUUUUCCUCGAGUCUUCAUCACAAAAAAGGGGCUUGAAGAAGCAUUAGAAAGAUACCGAUGGCUGUUGUUCUUUACACAAAAAAAAGUACUUCUAAAUCUUGGCGCGGGCAACUUUACAAAAUCCACGCGCGAGCUGUAGUUUUUUAGACCAAAAAAUCGUCGAAAUUUGUCGAAAACAAAAAGCACCUCCUCUUCUACACUUCUCUGCGGAUUCGAGUGAAUGUGGUGUUGUUCAGAAAGUUAAGAAAAGUGCAAUUUUUCAAGGAGAAAAGAAGAAAGAGAAAGCAAGCAGUGUUGGAAAAAGGAAAAAUCGAAUGCCGUAGAGAAAAAAGAAAAACUAAAUCAGCACCAAUUUUGAUCAGAAAAAAAAAUCGUCGUCGCUUUAUCUCUUUAAGGAUGAUAUUUACUCUAUCAAAUAUAUAAACCCCGAAAAAAAGCAAGCACAGCAAACAAGACCAAAUCCGGAAGCGAAGGAGGACGCCAGAAAUCGAUUUGGCUUGUUGUUCUUUCAACCAGAGUCGUCGUCGUGUCUCUUUAUGGCAAUAAUGGAUCUUUGCCACGAGAUGAUGGAGCAUUACAGAAUUGAUGGCAAUCGAGGAUUUUCGGCAUGCCAAAGCGGUCGUGGCAGCGAGCAGGCCCGGACUUAGGAUAGUCGUCGUAGCAGCAUCAAAACGCCAAAGAAUGGACGCCGUGGUCCUGAUUGCCUGUCUGGCCCUCGUCGGAACGCUGUUGAUUGUGCUGCUACUGCUUUGUCGGCUCGUCCAGCCCUAUGACAUCGCCUGGUUUCUGUCGAGCCGGGAGGACAAGCUGAAGCUGUCCAAGAUGAGGCUGUACAAUGCCAAUGGUUAUCUGAUGCACUCCGGCUCGGAGAUCCUGCUCGGCUCCACCGGCAGCUUCCAGCGCUUCGACUCCGUCGACCGUGACUACAAACCCCCGUACGGUCACCACGCCCACCAGCAGGGCACCAACCUGACGGUUCCUCCGUGGCGCACCUCCUCCACCGAAGAGUCCGAGAUCCCGCCCCAGCCGCUGCGACCCGCUCCAUCCCCGAGGGAGCCCAAGCUGACCCGCGAGAAGGCCAUCCAGAAGCAGACCUCCGAACCCAAACCCUCCGCCGGGUCCAUCAUCAUAUCGCCGAUUCCGCGGCCCGUGCCGCGCAAGCAACACUCGGCCCCGAUCUCCUUUCCACUGCCGGUGCUCAACUCGCCCCGCGACGCCAAGCGCUUCCACCAAGAGCCUCACAUCUGCACGAACCCGUUCCUGAACGAGCCGCCGCUCAAGGAGGAGGUCGAUCCGGCUCCUGCUCAACCACCGGAAGUAGCAGUUCCGGUGGUUCCGGAACCUCCGGUUCCCGCUCCGGAACCGUUCCUGCAGCGGUUGAUCCGCUCGGCGAACAACCCGUUCGCGUCGGAUCCCCGCAAGCCGGACGACGAGUGCAUCUUUAGCUUUGAGCCGGCGACCGUGCAGUCCGUGUUCGCCGAGGAAGAUCCGAGCAAGCGGGCCGAGCGGCGGCUCUCCAAGAUGGAGAACCUCCGGAAGAUGUCCCGGCUGAUCGAGAGCAACCAGAUGCUGCUGAACAUCUACCAGCAGUUCAACGGAACUGUGGAUCGGAGCAGUGAAAGUGACCAGAGGUCACCUCCGGUGAAGCCGGCUUCCUCGUCCUCGUCAACGUCCCCUAUCGUAUCACCGAAGCUGAUAGAUAUCAGUUCAACUCCGACUCCAACGCCCUCAACCAGCCGGACGGACAACAGCAAGUACCAGGACUCUCCGCGCACGGAAGCCGGCGACAACAUCAACCUGCCAACGGUGUCCAAGGGUAUCAAACACAUCCUCCGGAACCGGUCCUUCUCGGAGACGGAGUUCUCCGAGCGGAAGCUGUUCAAGGGAUUCGCCCUAGCCACGGACGGUGACCAAACACCCCGAAUACCUCUGAUGAAGAACUCCUCGUACAAGGACCUCACGCGGUACUACAACAGUGGCGGCGGCGGAUCCGGAAUGGUCACCCCGUCGGCCGUGACCUCCGGGUACUCCAGCGGAUCCUCGACGGUCCUGCAGAAGACCGUUUCCGAGUCGUUCCUGGAGCAGUACACGCUCGGUCGGGAGCACGAUCCCGGCGGUUCCAUGGCCAGCGGUAGCAGCAGUGGAAGCGUCGCUGCCGCAUUCAACGGUUCGGGAGGUUCCGUCGGCGGUCUACGCUCGGUAAUCCCGUCGUCCUCCACCGAAUCCGUUGCGUCGCAAUCGUCGGUGAUCUUCAGCGAUCUGGAGCCGGCCCAACCCAUCACCGGAUACCUGUGCGUCGGCCUCCAGUACGACAAGAGCAGCACCACGAUCGAGGGCGUCGAGCUGCUGGUGACGAUCCAGGAGGCGAAGCAGCUGGUGUGUCCACCCGGCAUCGAAAUGGACACCUUCGUGAAGGUGUUCAUCGUACCUGACGAAAGCAAGGUGUUGCAGACCAAGGUCUUCAAGAACUCUUGCUACCCGAGCUACCAGGAAACGUUCAGCUUCUGGAUCACCCACAAGAGCGUGCGGCGAUCGCUGUGGUUCCACGUGUACCACACCAGCUCAAGCGAGCAGACGCUGAUCGGCGAGUGCGAGAUGCAGCUGAACGAGAACAUCAGCCGGCCGAUGACGACCUGGCUGAAGCUGAUGGACUCCAGCCACAAGAAGAGCCCGCUCGGCGAGCUGAUGUUCUCGCUGAGCUACCUGCCGACGGCGGAGCGGCUCACGGUGGUGAUCGUGAAGGCCCGCAACCUCAACCUGAAGAGUAGUAGGGCGGCGACGGGAAGCGGCGGUCGAUCGAAGCAGCUGCAGCAGCAGGUCGCGAUCGACGACGAAGCGGCUGUGGUGGAGGAGGAAGAUGACGGCGGAGAGGUGGACUCCAGCGAGGGGAUCUUCGUGAAGGUGUACCUGCUGAAGAACGACAAGAAGGUGUCGAAGAAGAAGACGUGCGUGAAGCGCGGCGAGCGAUCGCCGAUCUACAACGAAGCGAUCAUCUUCAGCGUUCCGCCGUACAUGCUGAACACCAUCCAGAUCCGGUGUUCCGUCGUCCAGAUGACCAACCGGACGGAGAGCAACGCCAUCAACAACAACAACAACACCAGUGGAGGUGACCUGAUCCAGUUCGGGUACAGCUCGUACGACAGCAGCGGGAACAACCUUAGCCGGAAGCAGAGUACCAAGCUGGUGUCGAUCGGACACGUCAUCGUUGGGAGUGGAACCACCGGGAAGGGACUCCGGCACUGGCACCAGAUGUUGACGACGCUGCGGAAGCCCGUCACGAUGUGGCACGUGCUGAAGAUCACCUCGGAGCGGAAGCGGAAGCGACUUGGAGAGCUGGAGCAGGCCAGCGGUUGAGGUUAUCAGGUUUGAGGUUAGGGAAGAGACAAAGUAAAAAAAGGGUAACAGUUAUGAUAAUAAUGAUAAUACAGUAACAUAAGUUAGCGCAGGAGAGUAAGAUAUCUAUAGCAUCAGUUGAUAUAUUUGUCAGAAAGAAAAAAAAGUAUUAUUAUAUAACCGAAACGUUAGAUAAACUAAACAAAACAAAAAAUUUCGUAUAUACCAAGCAUUUUUCAUUGUCGCCAAAAAGUAUAUUGUAUACAUUAAACAAAAAACAAAAACAAACCACUAACUAUACGAUUUCCACGCAACAAUUGGGAGGAGGAAAAAGGGAAGCAUUAGCUAAUUGAAUCUAACAAAAACAAGCAAAUGAAUCACACAAAGAAACAAAAACAAACAAGCAGCAUAUUCUAACUCUAUCUAAUACACAGUCACACCAGGUCGUUAUGAACCCCUCUCGUCUGUCGAAGAAAGCAUGAGGAAUUAUUCACUAAUCAGAGUUGUAUCAUUCUCACUCACUCACUUACUUACUCACAACUCACAACUCACUCACUCAGAAAAAAAACAAGCAAAACAACGGAGGGGAAUAAAUCAAUUUGAAUCACAACUAUACAAGAGAUUUCCUAAGGAUUUGAUAUAAUAAAGGUACUAUGGAUAUUCUUUUUUUUCUGA